AUGGGAUCUAUCUGCCUUUCCUCGGCGUCCAUCCUUCGCUGCACCUCCCUGACCAGAAUUCAAAGCAUCAUCUUGUUUAUUCCUACGGCACUGGAGGUCAUUUUUUCUAUUCUUUUGAUUUUUGUGAAUUGGGGAAACGGAAGGCGACAUUUACUCAUCACCGCGGAAGGAUGCGUUUACGCUGCCCUGGCCCUCGUCGACCUGUUAUCUCACAUCCUACCCGCUGCGCAGAAGGAUUUGAAUAUUUUCAGAGCGUUGGACAGGUUUUUAGGCGUCGCAUCCUUCCUUCCUAUAUUCUUUUACACAUUCUUUCUCUAUCUCUUCACACAGGCCGAACUAUUGGAGACCCUCCCUUCUCGUCUCAGAAAGUUCGCUACCCUGUUCCUCGUCCUCUUUAUCCCCGUCAUCGUUACCAUCAAUGAGGUUUCCUCAUUCAUUGGCAUCGCCUAUCGUAUGACGCCGACACCCGAAGACAGCAGCAAUCACAUGAACAUUGGAUUUAUCGACUCUCGACAGGAAACCUUAUGGACCUUUUUCUCCAGCGUGACUCUUGCCCUAUUGGCAGGGUACCAAACCACCGCAUCCUUCUUCACUUUUCUUCGCCUCGUGCACGCUAUCUUAAACAAGAAGAGGAUAGAAACAUCUUACAUGGAUGCCGCACAUCUCCUCAGAGGCCUGCCCUGGCUCAGCGCUGCACUCAAACUGGGCAGCAUCGAGACAGUCGUCGGUUUUGCUGGGGGCCAAUUUGGAGUUGCAUUCACACGAAGGAUGCUCAGGUUCCUGUCGAGGGCUUGUCUUUGUAUCGGACUUGCGAAAGGGGUAGACACAGUCAUAGAUUUCCGCGCCGUAGAAUUCGAAAUAAAAUCCACAGGUGGGCAUAAAAAAGAAUUCAGACGCUCCCGCCUCCGCCAAUUCAUAUCCAAUCCACGCCUAAGCACGUUCCGCCAACUCUCACCCACCGCAACAGCUUUCCACUCUGCCCCUCGCGGCGCAGACAACUUUUACACAGGUGUUGGCCCCCCUGGCAUGUCACAGUCCUCAGGGAUGCAGAAACCCCAGCGUGUGACUAUACACUACGCGAACGGGACUCCAGUGCUACAAGUCCGGUUUUCCGCCUUGAACCUACCCACUGGAUUCGCGGACAAAUCCAAAUCCUCAUUUUCUUCCACCCUUUCACGGCCUAAAUCCGCAGUGACCUAUCCCUUCGCGUACACUGCGCGCAACUCCCACGCUGUCAAGUCAAGUAUCAGUACGGACGCAGAGUCGUUAUCGUCGUUCUACGCAGCCACAGCGGAGAUCAUCACAGCACCACAACGCACUCUAUCCCAGAAAUCGGCAAGAGCGCUCAUUUAUCAGGCUACGGGGAGUAGCAGGGCCCAUGUAUCGACGACGUUCAGCGUCAAGAGUGUGCCCGAGUCCAUUGGAGCUGUUAGGGAGCUAACAGACCAGUUCCCAGACCCUCCCUCGCUUUCUCAAGACCAGCAGCAACUGCCUUUCCCUGCAUCGAGUCCUUCAAUAAAGGGGCAAGGAAGACCAGCGACAAUGAUGGCUGCCCCCGACCCAAUUUGGGAGGAGACCUCGAUACCUUCUUCAAGAACGUCGAGCGUCCUCAUCCCACGAUGGUUCCGGAAGGAUGACAUUGAUUCUUCAGCUUCAGCGGACGAGAGGUUCCAGAGGCAAAGUUUCGUUCGCGAUAGCAAGAUUAGCAAGAUGGGAACGCAGGCGUUCGUGCAGGCCACACCCAAGUUUAGUGAAGCAGGACAGGGAUGGAGAUAUAAUCCACCCCUCGUCUUGCAUCCAAUCAAUCCUUUCGAAGGCGACGUGGAGGCGUCGGAAAAACAAGAUCUGAAUCAGGAGGUGGACGUGGACGUUAAUCCCGUUCCUGUGCUGGGCACAGGCGGUUUGGGCAGAUUCACCAAACGCCCCAGCCACAUGCCCAGCGUGCCCAGCAGUCCAGACCCCGACGUUCCUUUCGGGCUCACACGCCAAACAGGGUCAAGCUCAACGCUCUCCACCAGAAAUGUUCCCACCGAGCGCGUGUUCCGAAACAGUGGGGCGUAUGGGACACCUGAGCGCGGUAGCAUGUUAUUGCCUCCUCGUGCCGAUAGCGACCGUUCAACCGAGUGGGCCGAGACUUCAAGCUCAAGGUCUAGUCCUGUCCUCAAGAAACCAACCACCAUCCCGUGGAUCAGACGCACCUCGCGGCUCCCCGUCGCCAGUAUCCCCGCUGUGGACGGAGAACAAACACCAGCCGAGAAACGAGGGAGUAUUGACAACCCGAUGAUUUCCCGUCCCAAGCAGCUGGAAGAUCGUAGUAGACCUCCUCCUCGAAGGGCGGACUCUAGACCCAACACGAACCUGAAAAUCCCUCAGAAACCACCCUCACGCAUCAAGAGCAUCAGCAGCGCUCCGAAACGAUCGACGCCCAAUCCUACGCAUUCGAAAGUUCAUAGAAGUUUGCGCGUUGAGCCUAUUAUGAUUCCGCCGCUGGUGAAUGCUGGUAUGACGGAGGUUAUACAGGGGAGUUUGAACUCGGCUGGGGGUGGGCGGGGAGUGUUGAAGGAUACGGAGGUUUUGGGGAUGGAAGAGGGUUCUCGACAGAGGAGUAGCCUUUCAUUCUUAGCUUUGUCCCAGGCAGAAAAGAGGAAACUUGAGUGA